GCUGGGGAUGCCAUGUGGCUGCUGGCCCUCGCCUAGGCAGCAGGGCAUGGCACCAGCGGUCGCUGGCAGUGGUACUGCAUCGCAGAGCUUAGUGGGUCUGACCCCACUGCGCCAUGGCUGCCUCUCUGAGCCGGCUGUCCCACAUCGCCUUCCACGUCCCCGCCGGGACGGGCUUGGUCAGCGACCUGGUGGGCAAGUUCCGCUUUCACCUGUUCGCGGAGCGGGUGACGGCGCGCGCCCGGCAGCUGGCUCUCCGCAAAGGAGCUGCUGUCUUCCUCGUCAAUGAGAGGCUGGGGGAGGCCCCCCCGGCCCACACGUUCCCGUUCGACCCCACCCAGCCCGCACUGGCUCAGCAGCCCGUGCUGGGCCACAGCGAUGGGGAAUUCCUCUACGACGUCAGCCCCUUGCACCCCGUGAGCACGGCCUCCAACGUGUGCUUUGAGGUGCAGGACGUACCCAGCGUCUCCCGACGCCUCCAGGAGCGGGGCUGCCCCCUGGCGAUCCCGCCCACCGACGUGACUGACGACAGCGGCUCCGUAACCUACUGCGUGGUGAGAUCCGUCGUGGGGAACAUCAGCCACACCCUGCUGGAUCGCUCCCGCUACCGGGGGGCGUUCCUGCCUGGCUUCCGCGCCACGGGGGACGUCCCUGAGGGGCCACGGGACCCGGCCGUGGCCACGCACUUCGACCACAUCACCUACGCCUGCUCACGGGGCAGUACCCGGGCUGUGCUGGACUGGUACCAGCACUGCUUUGGCUUCCGGCGCUUCAUCGUGAACAGGCAGGAGGACGUGGCCGAGGGCUACCGAAUCCACGGGCACGGCGUGGGCCUUCGGCUCACCACCAUGCGGUACGGGAAGGGCAGCGAGCCCGGGCUGGUCGACGACUGCAAGUUCGUCCUGGCCGAGUCCCUGCCGGAGCCAGGGAAGAACCAGGUGGACGCCUUCCUGGAGCAGCACGGCGGCGCUGGGAUCCAGCACGUCGGGCUCUACACCACGGACAUCGUCUCCACGGCCCGGGCCCUGGCGCAGGCCGGCGUGCGGUUCGUCGAGCCCCCCCAGGCCUACUACAGCGAGGUGGGCAAAGCGGAGGAGAUCCGGGCGGCUGGGCAGGACCCCUGGCUCCUGUCCCAGCAUGGCAUCCUGCUGGACGCCGAGCUGGCUGGGGACGGGGAGGGAGGCGGCAGGGGCUCCAGCGCAUGCCAGAGGAGGUACCUGAUGCAAAUCUUCACCAAGCCCAUCUUCCCUGAGGAGACCUUCUUCCUGGAGCUGAUUGAGCGUCGGGGGGCCGCAGGUUUUGGGGAGGGCAACAUCCGGGCCCUGUGGAAAUCCGUGCAGGCCUAUCUGGACAAGCAGGAGUAGAGAACCCCCUCCCGGCUGCCUCGCCUUCUCCCCGGUGGGCUGGGCCAUCGCCUCCUGCUGGGGAACAGUGGGAGGCCAGCGGCCGGCUGCCUGGCCAGCUGCACUGAAGGACGAGUGGUGGCCCCAGGCGAUGGCCCUGCCCUGGCAGGAGAGAGGAGGAAGAGCCAGACCAGCUGUUUGGUCAGAGAGGGGGAGGUUGGAAGCUACUUAAAAGCUCCCUGGGACGUGCCAUCCACCUUGAUGGGUGGGAUUCACGGGGUAGUUCCCAUGUUCCCACCCCAGAGACAAACCCUGCCCCUCCCCCAGCCCCGCUCUGCCAACCCUCGCCCCCUGCCCCGGCAUGGCUGGAUUGGCUCAUUCUGAUUUCCUGCUCCCUGGGCCAGGAGCUGGAUUUACGGCCAACGUUCAGCCUGCGGCUUCGGACCCCACAAGCUCUAUGGGUGGAUUUAGGGACCGUGAGUCCGGCAACCGCUGUGGCCACCCCUGGGGUGGAAGGUGGCAGCCAUUUGGCAGCAACACGGCGGGGACGGUAUAGCAGAGUCAAUGGGAAUGACCAGGUGAAGGGGGGGGCAUCCCUGGGAGCAGAUAUCCCGGCUGGCCUGAGAACGGGCUCUGUAUUAAUCUCAGCACUAUUCAUGUUUGUAACCCUUCCCUCUGAGGGGCUGGCUGCUGGAGAGCCCACGUCCUCUUCCCCUCCCUCCCUCCAGGGCAGGACAGUUCCCCCUCCCCACUACUCCUGUUGCUGGUUCUCACUUUGCACGGAAGCAGUUUCCCAAGUGGCUCCGCAGGGAUUUCGCUCUGCGAAGGCAGCUGGCGGGGAAUCCUCUCCCUUUCCCCCCGCGCCACGGGCCAAUCCCCUGGCUGGAGCAUGAGUGUGGCGUCCUCACCGGGGCCGGCGCGUUGGCUCUCCCUGCAGCCAGGCAGUUAAUGCCACAGGCACUAACCUCCCAGCGCCUGCCCCUCGUGAAUGAGCUGUUGCCACGUUCUUGUUCCGUUAAUGGUUUUUGGUCCGAUUUACAAGACUCUCCCCCAGGCUGGGUUUCCCUCACGCUCCUGCCGCUCUCGCUGCGAGGGGA